AAAAGUGUGGAUGUAAAUACGCAUUCGUAGUGCUUGUAAAAAAGAGUCAUAUAAAUGUUAAUUGUGAGAAAAAAUUAUUUAAAAUAAAUUGAAAUGGGUAUUACUGGUUUAAUACCAUUUUUGGAAAAGUCAUCCUCCCCUGUCAACAUCAUGAAAUUGCAGGGGUCAUCGGUGGCAGUGGACAGUUAUUGUUGGUUGCAUAAAGGAGUUUUUGCGUGUGCCGAAAAGCUGAUAAGAGGCGAAACUACAGAUAUUCACAUACAAUAUUGUCUAAAGUACGUUGACAUGCUGAUGAGGCACAAAAUUAAGGUCAUCAUGGUGUUUGACGGAAGACAUUUACCAGCAAAAGCCGAAACUGAGCGCAGAAGACGGGAAGCUAGAAAUGAAAGCAAACAGUUGGCGAAAGAAUAUUUGAGGCGCAAUGAAAUAGACAAAGCCAGAUCCCAUAUGAGAAGGGCAGUUGAUGUGACACACGAAAUGGCUCUGGAGUUAAUAAAAGAAUGUCGAAGUCGUGGCGUCGACUGUAUUGUAGCACCUUAUGAAGCAGAUGCUCAAAUGGCAUGGCUAAAUAAGGUAGGUUUGGCCGAAUAUAUAGUAACUGAAGAUUCCGAUUUGACAUUAUUUGGUGCCAAAAAGAUUUUAUUCAAAUUAGACUUGACAGGGCAAGCUUUGUUGGUGGAAAAUACUAAAUUAUAUUUAUCAAUGGGUUUGAAACCCGAAAAAUACACUUUUAACAAAUUUCGUAGAAUGUGCAUAUUGUCAGGAUGUGACUAUUUGGACUCGUUGCAAGGCAUUGGCUUAAAGAAGGCCUGCAAAUUCAUUUUAACUACCGAGGAAGAUGAUAUGACGAAAGCUUUGAAGAAAAUACCAAGUUAUUUGAAAAUGAAACAAUUAGUGGUAACAGAUGAAUAUGUAGAAUCUUUUCUAAAGGCUGAGGCUACAUUUAAACAUAUGUUUAUAUACAAUCCUUUGGAGAGAAGAAUGGAAAGAUUGAACGAGCUUGACGAAUUCAACACAGAUGAAAGUCAUUGUAGUAAUGCUGGAUCUUUGCUAGAUAACGAAGAACAAGCUUUUCAACUAGCAUUAGGAAAUCUAAAUCCCUUUACAUUAAAGCAAUUGGACGACUGGCACCCAGACCAAAAGUGGUCAGAUGUUAAACUUAAACAUAAAAGUAUUUGGCAAAGUGCAACCGAUUCACAGUCGAGUAAAAUACAUAACGAAGAUACAAAAAAUCAUAAGCAAACUGCUGCUCCUAUAUUGCAAUUUAAAAAAAUUGAAUUCAAACAUAUGGCUGAAAUGGAAAUCCAAGAAAAAAUGUCUGAAGAAAGAUGUAAACUUGAGGAGUCUGAAAUAUUUUCUAUGUAUAAAUAUGCCUCCCCUAAAAUGGAACGAAAACGGAAAAGACGACCUUCAACCUCCUCUAGCAGUGAAGCAGAAGAAAGCGAAAAAACACCGACUGUUGAACGAACACCUAAGAAAUAUACUCACAAUCCAUUUGCCAAAGUCAAUGGUUCGUUGGAAAAUAUACAAAAAUCACCUGUGUGUAACAACAACUCACUACUGAAACUUCUAAGUCCUAAGAAAGCCAAUGAGAAUAAUUUCAACAAAGAAAAGGCAUCUGUUAAGUCUAGAUUUUUUGCCGAAAAUAUCAAACAAAUCGUAAAAAAACCUUUUGCUGCCAGAGAUUUAACCUCUGAAAUGUUCAAAAUAGAAAAGAAAACAAAUACGUAUAUAGAGCAACAACAUGAUUUAUACAAUUGUUCCCCACAAUCUCCGAAAAAGAAAAUUGAAGUAAAUGAUACAACAGUAUUUGAUGAUCAAGCUUCUAAUACCAAUAUUCAAAGUAAUGAAGAGGAAAAUGAUAAAUGUAACAAAGAAAGUAUAGAAGCGUCAACAUCAGACUCAGAGAGUUGCAUUAGUUCCCAGGAACUUACCGUUUCAAAUGAACAGGAAGAUAUAAUUUUACUUUCGGAUACUGAAGAAGAACGGGGUUCCCAAAAAUCUUCAAAGUCGUCGACAUCAGUAAUGCCAAAUCUUACCACCACAUUCUCUCAAAGGUCACAAGUGAGCCUUUCCAAAACCAAAUCAAAAACACAAAUCAUACCUCGUAAAUCUGCCAAGACUUUGGUCGAUCCAAAGCAAUCAAAGUUAAGUAUGUUUGGCUUUCAAAAGAAACCCUCAUUGAAAAAGUUAUAG